AUGGUGGCAUUGACGGAGGCCUCAGUCACUGACUCUGGUCCUCCUCUGGUCCUCCUCUGGUCCUCCUCCUCUCAGCAGAGGACCUUUGCUGCCAGCCCGUUCUCGGAGCCCUUCGUGGUGAAGCUCCACAGCGGGAUGAGCCGACACGCCGAGGAGCCGGAGAUGCUGUGGGUGAUGGGGCCGGUGCUGGCAGUCAUCCUCAUCAUCCUCAUAGUCAUUGCCAUUCUACUCUUCAAGAGCAAACAAGAAAGGAAACGAACAUGUCCAGCCAAGGAUGAGCACAUGGCAGGCGUCAAGGACUCUCUGCUGGCCCACUCCUCAGACCCUGUGGAGAUGAGGAGACUCAACUAUCAGACACAAGGUUCAAGUGCCCUCAGUUGCCCGAAAACUCCAAGGAUGAGGGAACAUCCGUCCAUUCCUAUCUCUGACCUGGCAGACUACAUCGAGAGACUCAAGGCCAAUGACGGUCUGCGCUUCUCUCAGGAGUACGAGUCUAUUGAUCCAGGACAGCAGUUCACCUGGGAGCACUCCAACCUGGAGGUCAACAAGCCAAAGAACCGCUAUGCUAAUGUGAUUGCCUACGACCACUCCAGGGUCAUCCUCACACCUGUGGAUGGAGUUUCAGGCAGCGACUACAUCAACGCUAACUACAUCGAUGGCUACAGGAAGCAGAAUGCUUACAUUGCCACACAGGGGCCACUGCCAGAGACACUGAGUGACUUCUGGAGGAUGGUGUGGGAGCAGAGGACCUGCACCAUCAUUAUGAUGACCCGUCUAGAGGAGAAGUCUCGGGUAAAAUGUGACCAGUACUGGCCCAGUCGAGGCACAGAGACAUAUGGGAUGAUCCAGGUGACCAUGCUGGACACUGUGGAGCUGGCUACGUACAGUGUACGCACAUUCACCCUCUAUAAGAACGGCUCGAGUGAGAAGAGAGAGGUUCGACAGUUCCAGUUCAUGGCCUGGCCGGACCAUGGAGUGCCUGAGUAUCCCACCCCCACACUGUCCUUUCUACGCAGAAUCAAGGCCUGUAACCCUCCAGAUGCUGGGCCCAUGGUGGUCCACUGCAGUGCCGGUGUUGGCCGUACUGGCUGCUUCAUUGUGAUUGAAGCCAUGCUGGAGAGGAUGAAACACGAGAAGUCUGUGGACAUUUACGGUCAUGUGACGUGUAUGCGGUCUCAGAGGAACUACAUGGUGCAGACGGAGGAUCAGUACAUAUUCAUCCAUGAAGCCCUGCUGGAAGCUGCAACAUGUGGCAACACAGAAGUCCCCGCUAGAAACCUGUACGCACAUAUCCAGAAGCUCACCCAGGUCUCUGCGGGAGAGUCUGUCACCGCCAUGGAGCUGGAAUUUAAGAAACUGGCCAACUCUAAAGCACAUACCUCAAGAUUCAUCAGUGCCAACCUGCCGUGCAACAAAUUCAAGAACCGGCUAGUGAACAUAAUGCCUUUCGAGUCCACCCGUGUCUGCCUGCAGCCAAUCAGAGGGGUGGAGGGCUCAGACUACAUCAACGCCAGCUUCAUCGACGGAUACAGGCAGCAGAAAGCCUACAUGGCCACGCAGGGCCCGCUGUCUGAGACCACAGAGGACUUCUGGAGAAUGCUGUGGGAACACAACUCCACCAUCGUCGUCAUGCUCACCAAACUCCGCGAGAUGGGACGGGAAAAGUGCCAUCAGUACUGGCCUGCUGAGCGCUCGGCACGCUAUCAGUACUUUGUUGUGGACCCCAUGGCUGAGUACAACAUGCCUCAGUACAUCCUGAGAGAGUUCAAAGUCACAGACGCCAGGGACGGUCAGUCCAGGACUAUCAGGCAGUUCCAGUUCACUGACUGGCCAGAGCAAGGAGUGCCAAAAACUGGGGAGGGCUUUAUCGACUUCAUCGGCCAAGUCCAUAAAACAAAAGAGCAAUUUGGACAAGAUGGACCAAUUACUGUGCACUGCAGUGCUGGUGUUGGGCGGACUGGUGUGUUCAUCACCCUGAGCAUAAUCCUGGAGAGGAUGAGGUACGAAGGAGCGGUCGACCUCUUCCAGACCGUCAAGACGCUCCGGACACAGAGGCCGGCCAUGGUGCAGACAGAGGACCAGUACCAACUGUGCUACCGCGCUGCUCUGGAGUACCUGGGAAGCUUUGAUCACUAUGCAACAUAACCCCAAGAGUUAUACCUCUCCUCUGAGCCAUAUCUACUCAGCUCCAUCAGUCCCUGAAGCCUGAUGAGGACGCUACAAGGAGGACUGGAGAAGAGGUGACUACAGCAGGAAACAGGAGACAUUAGAGGACAGAGGAGAGGGGACAGUCAGGACAAUCUCCUCCUGCCAUGAUUCUGCCACAGACCCAACACCAAAACUUCCCCAAAACUACCCUGAGAGACUCUUUGCCAUGCCUCAUUCCUGACUGAUUUCUCCCAACAUUUCCCAACAUCUGCGUCCUCCUUUAUGGCAAAACAAAUGUUCUGCUAUUUUCAUUUAUUUUCAUCAUUACUAUGUUAUUAUAAAUAUUUAGAAUUUAUUUUAUAAUCAUUUAAACUGGCUAUUAUAUAUGUGUUAAUGGGUCUUUUUUUUUAUUUGCUGAUAUAUUUUUAUUCCUUUCAUUUGCAAAAAUAAAAUGUAUUUUCAACAUUAAUAUUGGAGAGCGUAUACUCACAGCUGCUAAUCAUUUUAUUUUGUACCAUAGAUAUAAUAUUCUUAUGUUAUCAUUGAUCUUAUUUACGGGGGUUUGACAGAACAAUCUACCAAAAGAGGUCAGAUUAACAGAUAUGUUUGUGAGCUACUGUAUGAAAUAUAACUAUUGCCAUAAACUGACUAUUAUCAAAUAACUGUUUACUGAUUUUCACAACGCCAAUACAAAUCUGGAGACUUGGAACAAAUAUAAAUAUGAAGUUGUUGGAAAAGGUUGUUGACACCAUAGCCCCUCUUGACACAGACUCAGGUAGACUGAACACAGACACUUUGUUCUUGAUAACGUGUGUGAUAUAAGUGUGACCACAUCACAUUCUAAACCAGCCCGUGCUUAGACAAGAGAAAUCCAACAAAUCCAUUAUGGCACCAAUAUCAAGACUCAAUGCUGAAAUGUAAUCAAAAUGGUUUAGUUUCUGUUCUAUAACUGAUCAUUCAAAACAGGUGGAACUAAUGCGGUUUUGGGGCAGUAUUUUCAUCAGCAGAUUCCCAUGUGGUGCUCUAGUGAGUAUUUGUGGCAGCAGGACAGUGUGUGUGUUCACGGUAAAAAAAGAACAUGACAGUGUGACUUAUUGGUGUGUUUUAUUAGUUUUUGGAAAACAAUGGAGCUCUACAGCCCACCGGAAGAGGAUACAUCCGGCACUCACACAAUUCUUCAUAGUAAGAUCACUUCAUUGUUGGUGUUGGGUUGUCUGUGCAUUGGAUUUGUUGAAAAGGCUCUAAAUUAAAAAAAUUAAAAACUGUUGAUCUAAAACCCAACACAGAUCACAGCCUAAUAUUAAAGCUUCAACAGUCGACUGGGAGUAAAUAUAGAUGUUUGGGGGGAUUAUUAAAUCAAAUAGGAAAUCAGGAGAUUGUGAAGUAUCACAAAAAACACAUUUUCUCCCCUACCCUUUGAUUGCCACAAAUUAGCUGGGUGUGUCUUACUUGCUCUAACAUGCAAUCUGGUUCCGGUUGAUGGACCCAAAAUGAUUCUUAUAGACAGGACAACACUUUCCCUUUCAUCUCAUGACCUUCACAUACAUGGCUCAAACCAACAGGACACAAGCAGAUACACUGGAACCCCAUUAAUGGUAUAUUUCAUCCCAACGUGUAUCACUGUGUUGCAGACGGACAGACUGAAAGAAGAAGUAAUGUUCAGUGUUUUUCACUGGAUGAGAUGACAGAGUUGGGGGUGGAGGAAGUGGACCAUAUAAAGGAUUUAUUUCACUGAGUUGUGCUCUAGGGAUCCUAUCUGUUGUAUACACGAUCUGUUUUCUAUUUGGUAAUAAAAAGCAGACACAAAUGUCUUGAAAACCUUGAUGUUAAUAAAGUUGAAUAACUGUUUUUUUAAUAAUG